GAAACGUCGCAAGCAGCGCGAAAAAGAAGAAGCCAAGGAGCAGCGCCAGCGCGAGAAAGAGCGUGCCGCAGCGCUCGCAGAAGUCAAUAAAGUACGGACUGACAAGAAGGUGUCCACACCCGAGAUGAUUGUCGACCUGCCUUCCUCUCUAGACCCUAACAUGAAGGUCCAAGUCGAGGCGCUGCUGGAGGAUCUGAGGGUUACGAGUCACAGCUACACCAGCCCCGUUAAGAACGUGGUCAAGUGGCGGCGAAAGGUGCGGGCGCGGUUUCACGAGGGGGAGGGCCACUGGGAGCCCAUACCCGAGCGGGUGGAAGACGAGAAGCACGCGAUGGUCAUCCUGAACGCCCCCCAAUUUGUAGAGCUCGCACUCGGUGUUAACGGCUCUGAUCUGGAGGCCCACAUACUCGAAAUGCAGCGGCACUACCGGCAUCAUACGAUUAUCUACCUGAUUGAGGGGUUGACGUUGUGGAUGCGCAAGAACCGCAACGCGCGGAACAGGCAAUUUCAGUCUGCAGUUCGCAGUGCCGGCAGCGGCGGCGGCGGCGACGAUGCAGAGAUCCCCAGCACUCCUCUUGCUGCUGAGCCCGCACCGGCACCGGCACAGACGAACAAACGACAGCGAAAGAAAAAGGAUCCCAAGCCACCACCCCAGUACAUCGACGAAGAUGCGCUUGAGGACGCCCUCCUCCAGCUGCAGGUACACCACGGCGUGCUGAUCCACCACACGGCGGCGGCGGUGGAGACGGCGCACUGGGUGGCCAUCUUCACGCAACACAUCAGCACGAUCCCCUACCGACGGCAGCGCGACGCAGUGAACGCAUCGGCUGCGUUCUGCAUGGACAGCGGGCAGGUGCGCACGGGCGACGGGGCAAGAGACACGUACGCGCGCAUGCUGCAGGAGAUUGCGCGGGUGACAGCGCCCAUCGCCUGGGGGAUCGCGGCGGAGUUUGGGAGCGUGAGCGAGCUCGUGCGAGGGCUGGAGAGGCAAGGCCCGCUGGCGCUGGAGGGCAUCCGCAAGAGCGCGAACAAGGAUGGGGCGUAUACCGAUCGGAUGGUGGGCCAGGCGGUCAGUCGGAGGGUGUAUAAAGUCUUUAUGGGGAGGGAUGAGACGAGUACUGAUAUUUGAGAUGCGAAAGUACUGUACUGUUAUAAGACGAUGUCUUGGGAGAGAUCAGCAUUUCUUUUGCCCCGCCAAGGAAGAACCAGUAUGGAUCAUGGUCGAGCUUAUGGAUAUGCUCUCAUGUCUUGGAGCUGUGGAGGCCGUCUUAGCAUAUUGAACCUGAACUCUGGAUGCCAUGCUCCUUCUUUUUUCAAGACAUGAUUAAAUUACCCAUCAGCGUUCAAUCAUGCUGGCUAUGUUUAUGGGAAGAGGAGAAAUACCAGACUUGGACCAAAUUUUGUGCUUUAUCACUAACAAUCCAAUCCUAUCUAGCUCCUGGAUCGAAUAUAGCCUCGCUACUUCAUCUACACAUUUGGAGCCAAUCAAGGAGUUGAAGUGGUUUCAGCAGCAGCAGCAACCCUCCUUUGACAACCGCGUCAGGAUCGUCGAGGUGGGACCACGAGAUGGGCUGCAGAACGAGAAGACGACGAUCCCGCUGGCGACCAAGAUCGAGCUGAUUGAGAGGCUGGCCAAGACGGGGUUGGCAAAUAUCGAGGCUGGGUCGUUUGUGUCGCCGAAAUGGGUUCCUCAGAUGGACAGCUCCAACGAGAUUCUCGAACACAUCCUCAAGAACAAGAUCCCCUCUCCAGGACCCAUCACCUACUCCUUCCUCGCUCCCAACACCAAGGGCCUCGACAACGCCACCGCCAUCCUCCACGCCCACCCAGACAGCUUCGUGACCGAGCCCGAGAUCGAGCUCGCCGUCUUCGCCGCCGCCACCGAGACCUUCACGCAAAAGAACCUCAACUGCGACAUAGCCACAUCGCUCAGCCGGUUCCGCGAGGUCAUCGCCGGCGCCAAGCGCAGCCUCCCCGGGAUCCGCGUGCGCGCCUACAUCUCGGUCGUCCUGGGGUGCCCCUUUGAGGGCUACGACGUGGACCCGCACCGCGUGGCGGCCAUCGCCACGGACCUGCUCGAGAUGGGCGCCGACGAGAUCGCGCUGGGCGACACCACGGGCAUGGGCACGGCGCCGCGCACCGCACAGCUGCUGCGCGGGGUCGCGGCCGCCGGCGUGCGCGUCGAGGACAUUGCCGUGCACUUCCACGAUACCUACGGGCAGGCGCUGGUCAACACGGCCGUGGCGCUCGAGCAUGGCAUCCGCACGUUUGAUGCCUCGGUCGGCGGGCUGGGCGGGUGCCCUUAUAGCCCUGGCGCGACGGGCAAUGUCGCCACCGAGGAUGUGGUGUACUUUAUGGAGAGCCUGGGCAUGGACACGGGUGUGGACUUGGAUGCCGUGGCGGAUAUUGGCGAGUGGAUCACGGGGGAGAUUGGGAAGAGUAAUGAUAGUGCUGUUGGGAGGGCGGUGCUGGGUGCGAGGAAGAGAUCCUAG